UUGGGGGGGACCACUGGUCCUAGAUUGAACUUGGGAAGGUGGUUAUAUUUGUUGGAUGUUCAGCAGCAAGCCAAGCUGCUCCUCCUAUUGUGUCGUAAUCCACCUGUAGGGGAAGAGAGAGAGAAAGAGAGAGAAAGAAAGGAAGGAAGAAAGAAAGGAUGGGAGUGGAGGUUGGGCACUAGCAUUUCUCAGAGCAGGGCCUACCUCCAGCGAGGCAGGAGCCCAGAGAGAGAGUGAGGCAGAGAGACUGGCAAAGGAUCCAAAGGGCCCCAUUGUCUGCCUCUUCUUCAGCCCAGGACUGGUCCAGGCGGCGCCAUGGUGGCCCGGAGCAGCGACAGCAUUGAUACAUCAGGAGAGGGUCAAGUGCGCUCUUUGGGGAAUGCAACCAGUAACGUCAAGGGGAAACCGACCAAGAGGCUUUCCAUCACACGGGGCCACUUCCCCAAACUGACUGACUGUGCCCAUUUUCACUAUGAAGCUGUUGACUUUGGACAUAUCCAGCUGCAGCUAGUUCAAGAGCAGAAUGAGAACCUCAACAACUUGGAGGAGGGAGACCAGCUGUUUGCAGUUCAAGUCACUUGUCAGGGCAAGAGCUGGCAGGUGCAUCGCAGCUAUGAGGAAUUUCGCACUCUGGAUGCCCACCUUCAUUGCUGCAUCUUUGACAGGCGCUUUUCUCAGCUUUCUGAACUGCCAUCCCCCAGCCAUGUGCGGGCUCAUCCUGAGCUACUGGUGCCCAUGCUAUCACAAUAUCUGGAGAAGCUUUCAGUCAUUGUGGAUAGCAACAUUAACUGUGGUCCAGUCCUCACAUGGAUGGAGAUUGAUAACCAUGGCAAUCGACUGUUGGUGAAUGAAGAAGCUUCCAUCAAUGUUCCUGCCAUUGCAGCAGCGCAUGUGGUUAAACGCUACACAGCGCAAGCAUCUGAUGAGCUGUCCUUUGAGGUUGGAGAUAUCAUCUCUGUGAUCGAUAUGCCCCCCAAGGAGGACAGGAGCUGGUGGCGUGGUAAACACGGAUUCCAGGUGGGUUUCUUUCCCAGUGAAUGUGUGGAAUUGUUCUCAGAACGUCCCAGUCCAGGACUUAAAGCAGAUACAGAAGGGAUGAUAUGUGGCAUUUCCCACCCACCUGGACUCCUCUCUCCAACUUCAGUGUCCAAGAAACAUGGCAAGCUCAUCGGCUUCCUUCGUACUUUUAUGAAGUCACGGCCAAGCAAGCAGCGCCUGAAGCAGCGUGGUAUUCUCCGGGAGAGGGUCUUUGGCUGCGAUUUGGGUGAACACCUCAAGAACUCAGGUAGUGAUGUCCCACAGGUUCUACGCACUUGCUCUGAUUUCAUUGAGAAACAUGGCAUCGUGGAUGGCAUCUACCGUCUCUCUGGGGUCUCCUCCAACAUCCAGCGGUUGCGGCAUGAAUUUGACUGUGAAAGGGUGCCAGAGCUCUCCAAAGACGUCUACUUACAGGACAUCCACUCAGUCAGUUCUCUCUGCAAGCUGUAUUUCCGGGAGUUGCCGAACCCACUGCUCACUUAUCAGCUCUACAACAAAUUUGCUGAGGCUGUGUCAGUUUCAGGGAACGAGGACCGCUUGGUGCAAGUCCAUGAUGUCAUCCAGCAGCUGCCUCCACCCCACUAUAGGACUCUGGAGUUCCUCCUGCGGCACCUGGCACGCAUGGCUAUGCACAGUCAAAACACCAGCAUGCAUAUCCGCAAUUUAGCCAUCGUUUGGGCACCCAACCUGCUGCGGUCAAUGGCUCUGGAGUCUGUUGCUCAGUGUGGAGCUGAUGCCUUCCAGGAAGUCCGGGUUCAGUCCCUUGUAGUUGAAUUCCUCCUCAACAAUGUCCAGACUCUCUUCAGUGACACUUUCACCUCUGUUGGCAAGGAUGGCGCAGGACGCUGCUUCCUUCCCCGACCCAAAUCCCAGAUGGUUAGCUGUCCCUCCACCCGGUUGCUAUCCUUGGAAGAAGCUCAGGCUCGUACUCAGGCCCUAUGCAAGAUCACCAAACCAGAGACAAGGCAUGGAUCCACCAAUUUGCAGGGACAAGGAAAAAUCUCCACUGUAUUGGGUUCACCUGACACCAGGCAAAAGGCAGAAAGUAAUGGGAGGUUGCGGAAGACGUCAGGCCCUGGCUGGAAGGCCUUCUUUGCCAUUGGCAAAGCACCAGUCACGUUCCGCAAGAAAUCACAUCGACUCGGAGAGUUUUUUGGGCUUGGAGAGCCUCUGCCAGGGAGGCAGGCUGAGACCACCACCCUACGAUCAGCCAAGAGUGAAGAAUCUCUGACAUCACAGGCCAGCAUGACAGGCCUUCCCAAGCUUACCUGCCUUCGGCGCCCACACUCCAGCAGUGAUGCCUUCUCUACCCUCAAGCCAUGUCGCUCGUGUUCUUCUUUGGGCUCCUCUGUGUCAGGCCAGGGUGAAAGCCUGGCUGUUGGGCCAGGAGACCUGGCUGCACGGCGCCGUUCCUCCUGGUUGGAAGGGGACUCAGAGCUGGACUCAGAGUUGGAACUAAGCCCCCCUGGUCUCCGUGGCUUGGACUUUGACCCUCUCACCUUCCAGUGCAGCCCUCCCUCUCAGCAGCCCUCACACCUGGAUGAAUCCAGCUCACCAAGUCCUGCUGGGGCCCUCUCACCCUGUUCACCCCCCUCGAUUGGCAAGGACACAUCAGAGCCAUUGCCCAUCACCCUACCCAACGAAGUACUGGAAAUGUUCACUGGUGGUGAGACAAGAGGGCUGAAUGUGCACGCCUCCCCACCACACAUGAUCUCCAUGCUGCUGUGCGCUGCUGGUGGACAGCUCAGUGACACUUGUGAACGUGAAGUCCGCUGCAAGAUCACACAAACCAAAGGCCACUCAUCCCCACACAGUCCAAAGGGUGAAGUGGCUCCCACAUCCCCUGGUACUUUGUCGUUGCUGCAGCACAUUCCCCCUCCCCCUCCACCCAAAAACCCAGCUCGACUGAUGGCAUUGGCCCUGGCUGAGAGUGCGCAUCAGGUAGCCCUUCAGCAGAAACAACAGGCCAGCCUUGGGCAGAAGGAACCUCGGACGCAUUUCCGACGCUCCCUGUCAUUGGAGUGCAAGACAGGAGAGCUGACAAGUGGAGCGCGGGCGCUUUACUCCAUGGUGCGUCCCAACACUAAAGCUGUUGGACCUUCAUCCCUGCAAGCUCAGGCCAGGGGCAGGAGUACAAGAAGCCAGUGCCAUGACCGCCGAGCAGGAAACCAGGUGCUGCUCAACCAGGCCUCUCCCUUGGGCAGUUCGGAUUCCUUUUCCCCAUACCGGAGGGUCCUCAGUGAUUUGACCCAAAAAGAGCCUCCACUGCAUUUCUUCUCGGAUCCUUACCAGCUCUCCUCCCAGCCUUCUGCCUCACCAGCUGCCUAUGGUCUUCACCACCAGCCACCUCCAGUGUCAGUUCCCUACCCUGCCCCUCGCCAGCCUCAAGACCCCUAUCCCUUGUCAAGCCAGUCUCCUGCCCCACCUAAACCUCCUCCCCCUCCCCACUUCCCCAUAACUCCCAGUCACUUGCUCCUCAAAAGCAGACCCCCUACUUACCAAUCCUUCCUCCCAGAACAUCGACAUCAUGGACGCUUCCCAGUCUCCCCUCGAAGUGGUGUAAAUGGGACUCCACCUCCCCAGCUGGAGCAUGAGAAUCUCUACUAUGAGAUUGUGGGGGAGCCUCCUGCUUAUCCCGGGAUGGCACGGCCCUGGCCAUCCUGCCCACCCCCUGAUUAUUUUGCCACCUUCAAUGCCUCCUACGGUGUGUUCGAGAGACCAUGGCGUCAGCCUUUUCUUCCCCCACCCCCAGCAUCCCACCAGCAUAUGCUAAAGAACCCACGGGCGCAUCCCCAGCCCACACCUCCUUCAGUGGCCCAGCAAGAGCCCAUUUAUGUCAAUGUACCUUUUCCCGAACCCUCCUCCAUUGCCCCCGUUCCCUCCCCUCCACCAGAAACGGCACACCCCCGUAGCCAUUCUGAUCCUGGGGCUCCCCAGCCUCUCUCACAUCACAGCAGGCCUCCAUUGCCUCAGAAGCAAAGGCUUGGCUGGGGCUAUCCGCCCACUGGGAAAUACUGCCAACUCAUGGAUGUUUUGCCAUGCAGCCGUACUGUGUUGCAGUUAUAUCGCCCUUCUUCAGCCUGUUGGGGCCGUCCUUCCUACGGUCCAGAACCUAUAAUCACCUAUGAUGGACCCGCUGCUCAUCCAGGAAGCCAAGCCUCAGCUCCCCUCUCAUCUUUGCGCAAGUUAGAGGAGUCUCCCCCUCAGUAUGGCAAUGUGGAAAGGAGGGAAGGGUCUCCUGGGUGCUACCUCGGACCCAGCUGGACUGUGUACACAGAAGGCCAGACACAUAGCUACUGCUGAGAGACUGCUCCAUGGAUGUACACUUUGGGAUUCUUGGGGCUGGGCUCCGGGUUUCUGCCCUUAUCUGUGGAAUUAUUUUGUGGCACUCAUUGCUGUGGAAAGUGUAGUCAUUGGAGGGAAAGUUAUAUCAUGACAAGUGGCAUUGACAUCAUGCACCAGACCUGUCAUUGGUGACUGUGCUGUCCUAUUCAGAGUACUUAAAUCUAAUGGAUAUUUCAAGAGCACAUGAAUGUGUGAAGGCAGCUCCAUCACUUUCAUGGUGCCCCACACAAGACAAACAGCAUGACACUGCAGUGGAGCAUUUGGAUAACUUCAGUCUCUUUGAUGUCAUAAUGGCUCCAUCAAUUGCAUCAUCACAUGUUUUGUUAUGCUCCAUGUUGUAUCUCUCCACUCUGCUCCUUCCUCCUCAGUCAGCAGUGAAUUUCUAACACCCUUAACCAGAGAGCUUUGUUCCCAGUGGAACAGUGACCUGGCUGAAUCCCUCUCCCCAUUACAUCCUCCUGGUCUACCUUGGCUACGCUGCUCCUACAAUGUCACCAAUAUAUGAUGUCUGCAAGACAUGAAUAUUACUGCUAGCCAUGCUCAUGGUGAUCCCAUGUGCCAAGUGGACACUGUGGGGCGCUGUUGGCCCACUUGUGUUCAUGUAUUGCACCACUGUGUGAUAUCACAAGCAUUUGAGUGGAAGGCAGGGAUUGAGUGGAGGGUGAGUGGAGGUGGGGGCGUGAUCAAAAUAUGUUUUCCUCAAGUAUUUGCAGCAAGUUCAAACUUUUUAACCGUUGUUUUAACCCAAUUAAAACAUUAACAGCACCCUCCCUCUUCUAGUGCUUUCCCAGUAUUUCCUGGGAGACAGAAGUAGAGAAGAAUUCCAGUCCUUACCUAUGUGCUGGGGGAACAUGGGAUGCUUACAAUGAGAAAAUGCACACAGAUAUAUGCACACAAACACUGUUUCCCUGUUACAGGUCUUAGACUCUUAGAUUCAUAACUGCGCAGUCGGUGGUGUGUUCAGAAAAUUCACACUCAGUGUGGGUGGGAGGUUAAUAACAGAUUUGUGUUUAUUUAGCACUGGAAGGUCUUUGUAUAUGUGUGUGUGUAGGGAGGGGUGGGCUUUAAGAUUUAGGUAUGCCUGGCAUGGAAUGCUUAUGUGCAUAUGCCUGUGUCUGGGAACCAGGUUUGUGCGUGCUUGGGAGGACAUAGAAUUGGGUGUCCAUAUCUGUGUGUAUGUGUGUUUGUUUCUGGAAGUGGUUGUGAGCUUUGGUGUGUCUGUGUGUCUGUGAAGAUGUUUGUAUAUAUUCUACGGGCAGUAUUUUAGGUCUGGGGUCUGGGAAGGAGAAUCUAUGCCUUAUUCCUUGUUGAGGAAGCUGUCCCAUGCUAGGCAACUGGUGACUUUGUGACGCCUAACCCAAAAGCACUUUUAUAUGACCCGUGGACUUCUUUUGGAACCUUCAGGAUGUCAGGUUUCAGUUAGCAAAAGCAAAAAAGCAAACUGCAGUGAUGAUGCCUGUGCCAUGUAAUUGGAUUAAGUGUUUGGGAGAACGGUGGUAUUGUUGUUCCUUUCAGCGUGAUCCAAACAAUUUUAAGCAUUUGGGUUCCUGUUGUUUUCAGUCAGAGAGGGGGUUUAUCUCUAUCCCAUGGAAAUCAGUAGCUCCUCAAAAGUUCUUGGAUUUGUGCCUGCAUUUUAACAGUCCAGUCCUGUGUGUGCUUACUUACAUAGGACUGCAUCCUUAAUCUCAUCAUUUUGAAGUUCUGCACAAGGUUUUGUCAGGGCUGAAUCCCUCGAGUUUGGGAUUAACUCUAUUUGGAUCUUGGCCACCCCAGCUGGCUGACAUUCUCCUGUGGUGAGAUCCACAUCAUCCUGCCACCAUUGCCAGGCAUCAACCAUCUUAAUGAUAAUGAUAUUCACAUGUGUACAAAAGUCAUAUACAAAUGACUCAGAGAUCUACAGCUCCCAUAUGGUUCUCAGCAUAGAACAGCCACAACCUGUGCUAACAGUUUCAGGUUGGGUUUAAUCAUCAUUUUAUUUUAACUGCAGAAAUUGCACUAAUGUUGCCUUGGAUUUCUUUGUACUAUUGCUGUGGGAAUGAACUCCAGCCUCUUCUAAAUCGCUUUCCUUUCUUACAUUCCUUGGUUUUCUGGGAAGUUACUUUUUGUGUUACAAAGAUGUGAAGGUACACUCAAAAGCCUGUGCCUAAAUAUCUAUGUAAGACAGGCUCUUGGAACUUGAAUCCAUGCUCUGGUCUGUAUUGGAUUGGAAUAUAUUUUUACCUUAGGUGAAAACUGAGAGGUUUGCUUAAUAUUUAUUCCAUAACCUGUGGAAUAUCCAUAUUCACUUAUUGUAGACCUGGAUUAAUACUGAAACAGCCUGAAAAUAAAUGUAGAACUCUACAUUUUUCAGACACAGACAAAUGCUGAUGGCUAUGGCUCUCACUUCAGUGAGCUUCAGAUAGUCACAGUAUUUGUCUGGGACUGUCAAUAUGCCCAUGUGAAUGCCAUCAGGUUUUGGAUAUUGGAAAUUGGAAAUAUAAAUACAGCUUUGUUUGGAGGGAAAGGUAUGUAUUAUAGUUCUGAUUUCUAUCAAAUUUCAGACUGCAGAAAUAAUCCAGUUUGAGACUGCUUUAACUACCCUUGCUCAAUGCUAAGGAGCUCUGGGAACUGUA